UCUCCUUUAGUCCUCCACUUGUCUCCUCUCCUUUAGUCCUCCACUUGUCUCCUCUCCUUUAGUCCUCCACUUGUCUCCUCUCCUCUCCUUUAGUCCCUCACUCCUCCACAUGCGCCGGCAUCCCGCUCAUUCAGACGUCAUGUCGGACGGCGGCUCAUUAGGGACAUCAGACGUCAUGUGGGACGGCGGCUCUUUAGGGACAUCAGACGUCAUGUCGGACGGCGGCUCUUUAGGGACAUCAGAGCGCCGCGCAGGUGGAGUUGACGGGGAAAAGUUUGUUUGACUUCCUCCACCCUAAAGACAUCAGCAAGGUGAAGGAGCAGAUGUCCAACUCUCACCUCAUGGAUGCUGCCAGUCAGUCUGUUGCCUGAAAUCCUCCCAUGUAGGCUGCUCAGGCUGUUGAUGCUGAGCCACUUCCUCCUCCUGGUGAGCCACUUCCUCCUCCUGGUGAGCCACUUCCUCCUCCUGGUGAGCCACUUCCUCCUCCUGGUGAGCCACUUCCUCGUCCUGGUGAGCCACUUCCUCCUCCUGGUGAGCCACUUCCUCCUCCUGGUGAGCCACUUCCUCGUCCUGACUCUUGCAGAUACUGCACGCUGCACUGCAGUGGAUACAUGCACAGCUGACCCAGGAGCCAGCUGGACUCUGAGUCACACGCCUCUCACCUGACCUGCCUGGUGACCUUGUGUCGCCUCCAAGGACACGUGGCCCACCAAGCGCCCAAAGACGUGAAGGUCAAGCCCACCGAGUUGGUGGCUCGCUGUACGAUCGACGGCAAGUUGACUUUCAUGGAGCAACAGUGAGUGACCCUCCUUCUGCUCUGGGAAUGUUGUGGUCAUGGCCUGAGGUCCUCUGACAAAGCAAAGGCAGACUUUUCAUGGGAUGGUUUCUCUCUCCGAGAAAAGAAGGCAUCUUGUGUUUCUCAGAAGGAGUUGUGUGUCUUGAUGGCGUCCUUUGACUAAGUACAUGAACUAGCUUCUGCACAUGAAUGCUGCAUGGACACCUCAACUACCUCAACUACCUCAACUACCUGCUUCUCAUCUUCUUCUUC